UUUCAGUUGUACCCAUGGGUGUUCCUGUCAAAUCUUGCCUAAUCAUUAUCAUUACUAAUUUGCUUAUCGCCUUGUAUUUCUUAUCAGCAUGUAGGAAGGGUGUCACUGAGACGGGUUUUGUUGCACCGACGGUUUUACAGAUACGGGAAAAACUAGAGAUCGACGAGAACUUCCCCAUUGUUUUUUACAGCACUGCAUAUCUUGACUACAGGUACAAAAUCCCUCGUUUACGUGUAUUUGCCAUGAAUCCUUGUGUCACCCAUAAAGAGUACAUGUCUGCGGAAAUUGGUUUGAAUCAAAAAAAGAAAAAGGUCAAACUUCGAGGCGAGCCAACUGAGGGUGAAUGUCCGUGGCAUUGGGCAACGCAGUGCUUUUAUAAUUCGUAUAUUUGGACGGCAGAGCUUGGGGAGGCGAAUGGAACCGAGAUGGUAGGCAUUGAUCAGAUAACUAUCCACCUGAACAACAGGACAAUUUCACUGAAAGUUCAAGAAGUUCACCCGAAGAGAAAAGGAGGCUUCACUGUCUGCGUACAACCAGUCUAUUGGUACUCGGAGUACCAUAAUAUUGCACUUUUCAUAGAGACAUGGAGAUCCCAAGGUGUUACUCGCUUCAUUGUCUACUACCAUUCGUCUACCACGCAAGUUCGAAAUCUUCUCGAAUACUAUCGAAAUCUUGGGAUUCUGAGACUUAGGCCAUGGCCGAGUUUUGGACGGCUUCCAACUCGGCUAUUUCCUAAUUUAAAGCUACCUUCCUUUGAUUCCUCAACGUACCGAGUAGGCCACACCUUGGCUCAGAACCUGUGUGCACUUGAAAUGAAAACCGAGAUUGGAGCAAUUGCAGAUUUUGAUGAAGUCAUGGUGGCAGAUAAGGAAAUGCUCAUAAAUUAUGUUGAAGAAGCGAUGAAGCCGGAUGAAGUUGGCGCAUUAAGUUUCAGCCAUUUGCUGGUGAAGUUUGAGCCCAAAAUUUCAACGAUGGAUUUUCACGGUGUGGUCAAGCCUGUAUUUUUGGACAGAAAUGGACCUCCAAAGACAAUUUUCAACAGCUCCGCAGUAGACAUUAUUGUUACACAUUCGAUUCGACGAUUUAUUGGAAAUGAAACUACAAUUCGGGCCAACGGAUCUCUUCUUCACUAUCGUCACAAUAGCUACACAGAUCCUGCAAAGGAAGUCCAGAAGCCUUACAGUCUAUUCACUUCUUACCCAAACCUGCACAUCAAACGAAUCCAAAAGACACUUCGAAAAGUGUUCGGCUCAUCGAUACCACCUUACAACUCAACAUACCUACACGUUUUGAAUCAGUGUAUCACGAAAAUAGUUGGAGAGGGAAAGUGUAGGAGUACGGUAGAGUACUGUAAGCAGUGGAUGGAACCAUUGACGGAUUGGGUGUACGAUACGACUGAAGGCAUUUUUGUAGUUUAACCUAAAUUUUAGUUUGAUAAUAAAUAGUUGUUAUAA